AUGCAGUGGCGUCUGUACUGUAAGAACAAGUGGGUCACCUACUUUUCAUACCUCUACAUCAGCGUCGGUCUCUAUUUUGUCGUCGCGACCCGUCUCCACUAUACAGUCGAUGUCGUCCUCGCCAUCUUCCUCACCUAUGGCUUCUGGUCCGUCUACAUCGCCAUGAUCGACGUCGUCAUGGAGCAGGAAUACUUUGGCAUCCAGUCCCACAACGAGAAAUACAGCGCCUAUGACUCGACUUCGACCGACUUUGAAUUCCCAUCCUACGACAAUGACGAUCUUUCCACUCGCCACCAGUCCGACUUCCACAUCCGUCGCCGUCGCCUCGCACACCAGAUGAACCGGAUUCGUGGACCUGGUAUCGGAUAUGGACGUGGAGAGUACGACCGUGUUGCUUUUGUUCCCAUGCAGCUCAACGUCUGGUUGAUCAACAUUGUGCGCUGGUGCGACGGACUGGACCUUCGUAUGCGUCAGGAUAUGCCCACGGCUUCAAAGAGCUCGACUCGAUGGGAGGAUUUGGUGGUUCGCUACCGGUUUGGACGUUCGACCCCUGCUUUGGAUUCGACUGCUGUGACUCCUUGCUCAUCUGCCAACUGCUGCCAUCGCAAGUCUGAGGCUGACAUCUAUGACCGACAGAACGAGAAUGGAAGCGAGAUGGUUCAGCUGUACCACCCCAACGACGUCAACGCACCCCUCACUGGCGACUUGGAUGAUGUUUGCAACUGUGCCGAUGAUGAUUACAACAACAACGACAGCAAUCAGCAGCAGCAGUUUGGACGCUGGCGUUCGCUCCCCCUGCGCUCUGACACGUCUCGUCAGCGCUCUUCGAACUACAAAGAAGACAAGUACGAAUGCAAGGACCGCGACAGGAAAUUGCACAUUGUCAAGGUCGCUUUGAUUGUCUUUGUCAACACAAUCUUGCUGGUCAAGAUUGUAGAGGCUUAUCAGGGCAGGUCAAUUCCACCUCCUCCACCCGCUCAUCAGGACAUCAAUGCCGUCAACAACUCCUUCCAACCCGACACUCCUACUGUUGCCUACCACCCACCUCAAGCCCAGGACAUGGAUGCCACUGCCACAACCGCCGACUCGAUGUAUAAAGCCAUUGCCAGCGAUGAAGUCAACAGCAGCGACAGAUUUUAUAACCCACAAACCAUCCGCCGGCGUCAGAACCGCCAUACCGAGCCUGAGGGAGCCAUUUAA